AUGGCGCAAUUUCGGAUUAUUUUCCGCGCGAAAGGCCCGCAACUGCUGCACGAAGACACGACAGUGAGAGACCGAACGCACUCACCAUCUGCCAACACGCCAUCGCCGACAAACAGAUGGCACGUAUCACGCCCGUCAUAUACCGCGCAUGAAGGAUCUCUCGCCGCACACGUGGCUGGCCAGCCACAUCGGGAGAAGACAGCUGCACUCAAGCCCGCUCAAUGGUCCCCAAGCGCGGGGCCGACACUGACACUGCUCGCUGAGACCUGCAAGCGCACAGGUGAUCAUCGGCGUUUCCUACACAGACUGUCUGGCCGCUCGAGAACGGACGCGACGCUGCACGGCACGGCGCGAUGUCCUGGCAGCGGGAAACAUCUGCGUCCGUCCAACCCGUGCGGUGACCCACGGGCAGAAGUGUGGUUCUUAGGACGAGAACAGCGCCACCGCCCGCCGGAGCAUCGAGACAGCUUUCCACCAUUCCGCAGACUGGAGCGAGGCUAUGCCCGAGACAGAGGGGCGGCGCCGCAGACCGAACGACGGGCAGCGGUGCCGGACAUCCCCAUUUACACCUCUGACGUCGGAGAGGCAACUCAAGGAUCCUCGUGCUUCGGAAACGACAUCCCAAGCCUUGAUCGUUCCGGGCAUCAAACCGUAGCCGCUCUUUCGUCUCUUGGCCGCGGCCAAAUCCCGCUAGAUGCGAUUACGCUCGUUGCCGUAACGCUGCACCCAGAUCUUGAUACAACUGACCGAAAGGCAAUAGGCACGGUCCAGAAGACGAGGAACCCCGUCGGCAUCAUGCGCCCCGUCAACCCCACGAAGCCGGGCAUACAUAGCGAGCACCCAUGGACGCUCAUCGCCCCCAACACCAAGCCCAUGCUUGUCGUUCGAGCAAGCGACAUCAUUCGGACAUGGUCGCGUCGGUCGGAGGCACGUACGGCGCCUGUCCGUCGAGAUCCCUUGACUUACAGUUCGAUCACCCGCAAAGCUGUGCUGGUUCAUAUCUCGGGAUGGCCGCGCACUUCGCACGACAACAGAAGUGGGCUCGAUCGUCAAGGAAGGCGGGUAGCGUCACGUAAAGCCGCAGGCCGGGAGCCUGCACAACGAGAAGCGGGAUCGCAAUCGGCGUGCGCGCAACGGUAUGAAGCUCAUACCCUGGAACGCAAUGAGGUGCAAGGCUUGGACGCAGACGCUGUCAGCGGACAGAUCGAUCGGGGCGCCCUUGACAUUCUGUACCCUGCAAGAAUGGAUGGUAUGAAUAUCCAGAUCCGUUACGCCUGGCGACGCGAUAAUCGCAAUAAAUCGGUCCACAUACCAUACGGGACUGUGUCCCAUUCCGACUACGCAUGUGACGUCAGGUUCCUGCGGAAUGGUAGCAAUACCAACAAAUGCGUGCCAUCCCCCUUCCAGCACUCCGAUGCCUUGUCACAAGAGAAUAUGCAUGAUGGCGCGGCCGUCGCUCAUCGCCGAGAUUGUGGCCUGCGAUGCAUGCCGGGCUUCGCGACUAAGUACAUGGCGGGCCGUGCGGAGUUGACGCGAAGCCAGCAACUGGCCAAGUACUGCUCGUACGAGCCUUACCAGUUACGACGAUCAGGGUCGCCUGAUGUGAUCCGAAUCGGUCCCGCGUGGAUGGGAGGCGCGGACAUGAGCGGAUGCCGCCGGGCGGAUGCUAGACAGUGGCGUCGCAGCUGCUGGACGAGUCCGACGGUGAAUUUCAACUCGAUGUCGCGGUCCGGUGUCCAAGCUCUAAGCUUGCUACGCGCGGCACGGAAGCUUUCGAGCGCGAGUACCCAUGCCGUGAAGCUUUCCGCGCGCUGCGCCCAGGCCGGACUCGCUGCUAGGGCUACCGGUGUAUCUGGUGCAUGCGGGGUUGGCGUGGCGGUCGUCGAGAAGGAUAUAGAGCCCAACCCCGGUUCCGCGUCCUUCGCAGCGAUUGAAUGCUGGUCCCCAGGAGCUCGUCCACCAAUGGUAUCGGCUGUAAAGUUGGUUUGUGGAAACGCUAACAUGCCAAUGUACCGAUUGAAGGAUAAUUCGGCGUUUGCGCCACCUGUGGCUGAGCAUUUGUUCUACGCUUAA